ACCAGCUGUCGAUUUGUGUCCGAGAUUUUGUGAAAUCUUUAUAUCUUUUAGUUUUUGGUCCUUUUAUUAUAUAAUUGUUAAAAUCAUGUCUGAAAAGAAUCAUACUUCGCGAUUGUCCGCUUACAAAAACGCCGGUAUCGGAACUACUGACCUCCGUCGCAAGCGCGCCGAGCUUAGCGUAGCGCUCCGCAAGCAGGCCAGAGAUGAGCAGCUUCUUAAACGCAGAGCCCUGUCUCCGGAGGCCAAGGAUGAAGAUCUUCAGCCGGUUGAGAAGCUCCCAAGCCCGGCUGACAUUGUCAAAGGCCUCAAGUCUUCAGACCUGCCCCUGCAGACAUCAUCAGCUCGGGCAGCCCGCCGCGUCCUGUCCCGGGAACAGAACCCGCCCAUCACAUCCAUGGUCUCGGCCGGGGUCAUACCGCCCCUAGUGGCCGCGCUGGAGAGAGACGACUGUGUGGAUUUGCAAUUUGAAGCGGCCUGGGCCCUAACCAAUAUCGCGUCUGGUACGCAUGACCAUACUAUGGCCGUUAUUGAGGGCGGCGCCAUCCCUAAGCUGGUGAGCCUCCUGGCCCGCGGGGGCUCCGUGGGCGAGCAGAGCGCCUGGGCGCUGGGCAACAUCGCGGGCGACGGACCCGCGCCGCGGGACGCCGUGCUGCGCGCCGGAGCCCUGCCCGCGCUGCUGCCCAGCAUGGCGCCCGGAGCCCCGCCCAGCACGCUCCGGACCGCGGUGUGGACCUACAGCAACUUCUGCAGGAACAAAAACCCGCUGGUGGCAUUUGAGCUGGUCGCCCCGGCUCUACGCUUCGUCUCGGAUCUACUGGAAAUACAAGAUACUGACGUGUUAGCGGACGCGUGUUGGGCCAUCUCGUACCUGACGGACGGGCCCAACGAGCGCAUCGAGGAGGUCCAGAUGACCCCCAACCUGCUGCAGCGCGUCGUCAGACUGCUGGAACAUAAGUCCGCCGCCGUCAAGACGCCGGCGCUCAGGGCCGCCGGGAAUAUGCUCACCGGCUCCGAUGAUCAGACUGACCGUUGCCUGGAUGCUGGAUGUAUCGGCUACCUGCUGAACCUGCUGGACUGUGGCAAGUCCUCGCUGGUCAAGGAGGCGGCCUGGGCGGCCAGCAACAUCCUAGCCGGCACACAGAUUCAAAUCCAGCGAGCGAUCGACCAGGGCAUGCUUCCGAAACUAAUUCAUGUGCUAGCGCAUGAAGACGCCAAAUGUCAGAAAGAGGCGGCCUGGGCCAUCACCAACCUCUGCCUCGGCGGGAGCCCCGCGCAGCUCGACGCGCUCAUAUCUGCGGGGUUCCUGGAGCGCUACUGCGGCCUGCUGGCCGCCGCCGACCACCGCGCCGUCACGGUAGUCCUAGACGGACUCACUAAUCUCAUGCAGGCGGCCGAGAAGUAUGGGCAGGUGGAACCACUAUGCAUCAAGUUGGAGGAAAUUGGCGCGCUGGACAAGAUCGAGGCUCUACAGACUCACGAGAACGAAUCGGUUUACAAGAAAACGCUGCACAUACUGGACACGUACUUCGCCGACAACGAGGACCAGAACGCUGCGCCGGAGCAGACCACCGGAGAAUACCAGUUCGGCACCAGCCAGCCCAACAACAUCGACUUUUAG